AUGAAGUCCGUUCUGAUCUUUCCAGCACUGCUGGCAACCACUUUUGGCGCAGCAAUCUCCGUUGCUGAAGCAGAUGAUCUCGUCGCAGACUUCACAAGUGAGCCGUUCACCAUCGACGACCUCACAGUCGAGCCCUACAUCAAUGCCAUCUCUGCCGCAAUUGAAGGAGAGGACCCCGAGGCCUUCCUAAAUGAGACGGCCCCCGACUUUGACAUCGAAAAGGACGGCGCCGCCGCCUGGGCCAAGAUCCAGGCUGAAAUGUACGGUGACGUCCCCAAGAGCGGUGCGACGGCUGAUGUCGAGGAUACGCUCCUCAAGUGGAGCGGUUUCCACCUCACGAAAGAUGAGAAACAUGCGCCGCCAAAGGGCAAUAACAUCUGGUGGCCCAGCAGACCCGGCGGCCCCAACGACUUCCACCACGGUAUCACGGCCGAUGGGCUGUGCCUGUAUCUCUGGGGCGCAGCCUGGAAGGUGCAUGAGCUGCGAAGACCGGUGCAGCAAUUCGAGCCAGAGAACGUGCCUUGGUUGAUCCAGAACAAGGGGCCGUAUAUCUACGUUCUUGACGGCCUCCGCGAGAUUGAAUGGGUCUUCUGGAAGGUCGAGCGCUCCUUGCAAUAUGCCUCUGCCUUCACCGAAGAGGAGGAGUAUAAGAUCGUGCGCUGCUACUACCAGUUCUCCGGCUUUGAGAGACAAUUGACAACGCUACCCGGCAACCCGAUCCCGGUCAUCCCCCGACCUGCGUCUGCCACCGUUGCCUCUCCUACCCCUACCCAGCAAAGCUCCGAUGGAAAACUCGCCAUUGAGGACCACGAACUCCAGCUUUCCAGGACUAACACAGCCUGGAAUCCUGAGGAAACCUUUAAGAUGCUACCGUACCCUGUUCAUGAUCUUUCUACACGACAGCUCCACCGCAUUCCGCUUAUCCGCCGCUUCGGCUUCAAGAGCUUGCUCCGUCUCAUCGCCAGCAAGGCACCAGCGUCCCGGUUCCAAAACUACGCUAACAGCCGCAUUACCCGGGUUCUCAGUAACCUUGAGAGAUCCGUUCUUGGCGCCAGCCAUGGCUUGUUCGUCAGAUUUCAGAACCCACGUGCCAAGUCCUUCAUUCAGUUCGAUGUCGGUGGCAACCAGGGUCUUAUCUCAGCUUUCGCCCAGGCCACCAGAGCUUACCGGGACAACCCGGAAUCUGCUUUACCUUAA